UUCUUCGGUGACUUUACACCUGGUUUCAUCCAGCUGUUCUUCUUCCCGCAGAAAAUCCAUUCCUCGCUGCCGAAGAAUCAACAGGAUGCUCUCCAAUGAGUCCCUGCAUCCUCCUGCCUUCAGUCGAUCCAACUCUCAAGCCUCCGUAGACAGCAGCACCUCAGUGGAGGAGUUCUGGCGGGAAAUCGAGAGUAUCAAAGAGAGCAGCGUGGGGGCGCAGGAGGAGCAGCCGCCCACCACCGAGGUCAAGCCCGUGGAUGAAGGAGAACUGGAGGCAGAAUGGUUACAAGACGUGGGAUUGUCGACUCUGGUCUCCGGGAAUGAAGAGGAGGAUGGCAAAGCCCUCCUGUCUACGUUGACUCGGACCCAAGCCGCUGCUGUGAAAAAGAGAUACAACACGUAUACCCAGACGCUGAGGAAAAAGAACAAGCAGCCUGUCAGGGACGUCAGAGACGUCUUCGGAGUCAGCGAAUCGCCUCCCAGUGAUUCUUGUGACCAUGCUACUCAGCUGGAUGGCACCAAGGAAGAAAAAGAGCUGCCAGGAGUUCCCAAAACAAGUGGCCCUCUGCCGGAUGAUACUUCUCUCAACAGUACCACCCUAUCCAAUGGUACCCAGGAUGAAGAAGGUAGUUUUGUGGACCUCCAGAGUGGCUCCAUGUCAAUACUUGAGGCUAUCCCGGAUAUUCCCGUUCACACCAACGGAUCUGCAGAUGCUGAACCGUCAGUUCCAAGUGCCUUGAGUGAUGAUGAUUAUCUAGAAAAGAACAUUCCGCCAGAGGCCGAAGAACUGUCUUUUGAGGUGUCUUAUUCAGAAAUGGUGACAGAGACCCCAAACAGAACUAAAUGGAAGAAGUCAGACAUUAAGAAAGAAGACUAUGCCUUAACUAAAUUUAUUGUUCAGAAAACCAGAUUUGGGUUGACCGAAACAGGAGACCUGUCUGCGGAAGACAUGAAGAAAAUCCGCCAUCUCUCUCUGAUUGAGUUGACGGCCUUCUUCGAUGCCUUCGGGAUACAACUGAAGAGAAACAAGACGGAGCGAGGAAAAGGCCGAGACAGCGGGAUUUUCGGAGUGCCACUUACAGUCCUCCUGGACAACGACCGGAAGAAGGACCCUGAAGUGAAAGUUCCCCUCGUGUUACAGAAAUUUUUUCAGAAAGUCGAGGAAUCAGGCCUGGAAUCGGAAGGAAUUUUUCGACUUUCAGGAUGUACUGCCAAAGUCAAGCAGUACCGUGAAGAACUGGAUGCCAGGUUCAAUGCUGAUAAAUUCAAGUGGGACAAAAUGUGCCAUAGGGAAGCCGCCGUGAUGUUGAAAGCGUUCUUCCGAGAACUCCCCACCUCCCUCUUCCCCGUCGAGUACAUACCUGCCUUCAUCACUCUGAUGGAAAGAGGGCCGCACAUCAAAGUGCAGUUUCAAGCCUUGCACCUCAUGGUCAUGGCCCUGCCUGACGCCAACAGGGACACGGCCCAGGCUCUGAUGACAUUCUUCAAUAAAGUGAUUGCCAAUGAAUCCAAGAACCGCAUGAGCCUGUGGAACAUUUCUACGGUGAUGGCACCAAACCUGUUCUUCAGCAGAAGCAAGCACUCCGACUAUGAGGAGCUGCUGCUGGCCAACACCGCAGCCCACAUCAUCCGCCUGAUGCUGAAGUACCAGAAAAUUCUGUGGAAGGUUCCGUCCUUCUUGAUCACCCAGGUAAGGAGGAUGAAUGAAGCCACCAUGCUGCUGAAGAAGCAGCUGCCGAGUGUGAAGAAACUGCUCAGGAGGAAGACCCUUGAGCGGGAGGUUUCAAGCCCCAAGACCUCAAAGGUACCACAAAAAUCACCUUCAAGAAGAAUGUCUGACGUGCCGGAAGGUGUCAUUAGGGUCCACGCUCCACUUCUGUCCAAAGUGUCAAUGGCCAUUCAGCUCAACAGUCAGACCAAAGCCAAAGACAUCCUUGCGAAGUUUCAGUAUGAGAACAGUCAUAGUUCAUCUGAAUGCAUGAAGAUGCAGAGCCAAAGGUUAUAUGAAGUUGGUGGAAACAUAGGACAACACUGUUUGGAUCCUGAUGCAUAUAUAUUGGAUGUGUAUCAUGUCAAUCCUCAUGCAGAAUGGGUGAUUAAGCCCUAGCCACGUCUUUGAAAUACGCCCAAGAUGCCUCUUGCCUUGUAUUAUAUGCCAAGAAGAUCCUGCAUUUGUGGGGAAAACCACACUGCCCUGAGAUGUUUGCUCCUGUAAUCCUGGUUCUCCUGGAGGGGCAGAAUCGCCAGCUCUGUCAAUAUGAACUACAGAGGAGGAGCUGGUUCACACUGAGCUGAACUUUAUCACAGUUCCUUGGUAAGAAGGUGUGACCCAGAAGAAAGGCCAACACUACUCACUAUGGAGCUAUGAGGCAGAAAUAGACCUGGCCCUGUUCCUGGGAAUAGGCAGCACUUCUGGUGAAACAUACAAUAUUUAUGCUCUCACUGCUCCUCGUUUGGAAGACCUUCAGUCUAAAGACAGUUGUGCACCAUGUCAUUCUGUGCGUCAUGCUCUAAGAGGACUCAGUAGCACCCUGGUGCAAAGGAACUUUUCCCCUCCGUUGAGUGUUGAGAUGGUGUUUUAUGGUUCCUUCUCUCAUGAGCACAGAUCCUCAUUGCAAAUCCCAGUCUAUGCUUCCAGAGCCUCCUUUGUAGUCCAUAGUCAUGGCAUCUCUUCUCUCUUUUCACAGUUGUGGUGCUCAGUGAAUAAAUGGCCUUUCAUGUGUCAGCAUGGAUUUCCUUUGCAGAUCAAACACUUUUUUUUUUAAAUAUUUCACAGCUGCAGUCAGUUCUGCAGCCCCAACUCAAAAACUACAGACAUGCAUUUACCCAUAAGUGCUGAAAAAUGCCAUUAGAUGCAGAAUUGAUAAAUUGCAAAAGUGCAUCUGCUUUUUGAUCAUUAACCAGAGACGUGGGUGAGCACUGUGGAUUAGCACUGGGCUGUGGAAGCUGGAGACCGCCUCACUGUCCGCAUCUUGCGCGACAGUCAUCUAGAUUUGCAGUGGGGAACAUUCAGUCCUCAUGUUUCUAAUAGGAACAAAUCUGCAGUGUACCAAGGGACAGGACCGCUCUGCCUUCUGGAGACUGAAGAUGGAGGCUCAUUUAUCCCAGCUCCGCUUCAUCUUCCACUGACCGGGAGUUUGAUGGACUCACAGCAGUUCCAACAUUUCAGACCCAAAUGCCAGUGCCAGCAAAAUUGACUUGCAGAUGCUAAAGAACUGUUUCCUUACCUGUGUACCCCAUGUCCAGGUCUAAUGUGAGGUUACUGCAAAUGCAUGGGCAGAAGAGAUCUCACAUGUUGUGUUGUGAAACAAAACAUUCUGAACUCAAGCAGUCAGACCAUCCUGUUGUAGAAGCGGAGCGAUCUGUACAGUCAGCGUGCGGAUCACUUGACUUCUGACCUUCAGGACUUUGUUAUACUCUUCUAGAAACACAAAAGCCAGUUUGUUUGAUCUAUUUAUGAAUUUCUAUUUCCUUUCUCUGAAAAGCCACUAAAAGCCAAAUAUGCACUGCAGAGGUUUGUGUGUGCCCCAGUGUUUGACCAGUCUCAAGGCUGCCCAGUGGGCCUAUGAGUGUGUGCGAUGAGUAUAUUAUCAUUUUGUGGUGCAAGCAGCGAGUGAGCAUAUCACUCUGUAUGGCUGCUGGAUGCCAGGAUAUCCUUGGGAGAACCCUGCCUGCACAGAGAAGCCCUUGUUCUAGAGCAUCUCUGUGGUUCUGUCAAGACGUGGACAUGGUCCUGCGUUUCUUUGCAUUAGAAGCAUCCGAUUCUGUUUUAUUUAUAUAGGACUUGCACAGAUCUGUUCAUUUACUUUUCUUUUCCAGAGUUUUCCUUUUACUUGGCUGAAGACACAUUAGAAUUCGUGCAUUAGCUUUGGUCACCAAUGUUCAACAAGCAGCUAGUCAAUGGCAGGUAGGGCACAGCAAGGCUCUGCAUUGUGUGCAAAGUCUUAGCUGACUCAGUAACUUGAAAUUAAUCAUUUCAGUUUAUUCAGGACCAUGGCAACUUUCAAAUAACUAUUGUACAAAAGGCAAUGUCAACAUCAAGGUCAAUGUUGGCUAUAACAUUUUGUUCUUAUUCAGUUGACUAGAGAAGUUUUAGUUGACAUGCAAACUAAUGUUUGUGUGCUUAAGGAGUUUUACUGAUUUUAUUCUGAAAGAAUAAACCUUCAAUUAAAUGUAAAAUUCCUGUCACCUGAGUAUUGAAAGAACUUUGGCCUUAUUAAGAGUUGAUUUUCAAAAGUCUAGUAGCCAACCUGUUAGAACAAAUGACUUUUUGUUUGCCAACAAAAGAGAGGCCAGAUACAUGGUCAGUAAAUGAAAUUCUUACUGGCUUCUCACCCAUCAAGUGCUUUUGAUACACAAGUAGGAAAAUAAUAUCAUUUGGGAAAGUAUUAAAGGAAAUGACUUGUAGGAACACACAUUCAGGAAAAGUCCUACAAUUGCCUCAUUUCCCCAUCAUUCUCCCUAAGAGGGUCCUUUUCUAUGCAGCCCAGCUGGGAGAUGGUUCUUCCAGCCAGUGGUCUUUGGAGGAACUGGAAUACUGAUUCCUUACAAUGUAUAUGUGCAGUAUAAACUACCUCACCAGCCUUUCUUGGGAAAAAGAAUCAAAUGGACUUUAACACUUUUUUGUUGUUUUUCGACUGUCCCUGGGUCUUACUUAAGUUGCGCAGUUAUCUUUUGUGUAUGUUUUGAUAAUAUGCCAUUCACGAUAUAAAAUAGUUUUAGCAAUGCCUUGUCGUGCGCUCUGAGGGAGUCUUUGUGCGUCCCUUAGUGAUUGUCUCGUGUUUCUAACCAUGCGGGGACACAGGUGGUCAGGAACUGGUGUUCCUCUUGUCUGGCAGUGUUCCCGCCACUGUCUCUCUAUUUCCUCGGAGAAGUCAGGAGACGGAAUGUCCCUCUUCUGAGCAAUUGUGUGUUAACUCUUUUCCACGUGUGUGUCUGACUUGCCUGAAAAGACUGUACAUUAGGGGGUAGAAUUCUCCCCUUGACAGGCAUUUUCAAUUAUUUUCCAUAAAUAUGUCACUUAAUAAAAAGUAAUAUGACAUGGGAUUAAAGUGUUCCUUUCAAACACAUCGCUGUCUUACACACUCUCAUCUCAUUUGAAAAUGCCGUCUUUCAAGCAUUUCUUAUCUUCUAAAACUUGGCAAUUUAAUUAGGAAAAAUUUAAUUAGGAAAAAAAAAUCAUAUAUCCAUGGAAAUGGCAACAUGGUGUGUUUUCUCCUCAAAGUUAGAAUAUUGAGUCUUUUGUUCCAUCAGCUCUCAUUAAACAGGAUGUGAGCAUUGGCUUUUAUCCAUAAAAAUAAAGAGACAAAAACUAAAAUUACUGUUACCAGACUCCUUGCAUCCGUGUGCACAGUGCUGGUAGAAGAUGGG